AUGAUGAUAAACCUCGAGCGCCGCCUGUCGCUGUCAGGUGUGCAAUGGACAAAAUGCAAUACCACAUUAGAGAGCGCGAGCAUAUCCGAAAUGCCGCUCUGGGAGAAUGGAUGGACUUUCCAUCACCUCGGUCUUAUAUUGUGCGCCGGCUUCGGUCUGGUAGGCGUGGUUGCUUCUCUUUUCUUAGCUUUUAUGCACGCGACACAUUAUAGUAAACCACGAGAACAACGACAUAUAUUGCGAAUUCUAUUUAUGGUCCCCGUAUACUGCACCGAAUCAUUCCUCUGUUUCCUCUUCUACCGAGAAUCCGUCUAUUUUGAAGUUCUCGGAUCAUGCUACGAAGCCUUUGCGCUUUCCUCGUUUUUCACGCUGCUCUGUCACUACGCUGCACCCGAUCUGCACUCACAAAAGGAAUACUUCCGUGCCAUUCGACCAAAGGAAUGGCUCUGGCCGCUCUCCUGGUUUGCGAAAUGUUGUGGUGGACAACGUGGAUGCUGGAGGACUCCACGCAGUGGUUUGACCUGGUUCAACGUGAUCUGGACCGGCAUCUAUCAGUACUGUUUCAUUCGAGUUACCAUGACUGUAGUCGCCGUCAUUACGCAGGCAUUCGGCAGAUAUUGUGAAGCUUCAUUAAGCCCUGCAUUUUCUCAUGUUUGGGUCCUUGUUAUUGAAUCCGCUGCAGUCUCGAUUGCCAUGUACUGCUUGAUUCAGUUCUACGUCCAGGUUCACAAUGACAUGGCGCAAUAUAAGCCCUUCUUGAAGAUUACUGCAAUCAAGUUGGUCAUUUUCCUGUCCUUCUGGCAGACAACUGUGAUUUCCUUCUUGUCAUCCUCCGGCGCCAUCAAGGUCUCCGAUAAAUUAGCAAACCAAGACAUCCACAUCGGGAUACCGAAUCUUCUUCUGUGUAUUGAAAUGGCCUUCUUCUCCAUUCUUCACCUCUUCGCUUUCCCAUGGCAACCAUACCGAUUGAAGGCACAGCAAGCUUCCGACGAUCCUCAAUACAUCAACGGUCAAAUCGCUUACCAUGGUGGAUUCUUGGGGCUCAAGGCCAUGGUCGAAUGUUUCAACCCAUGGGAUCUCAUUAAAGCCGUCGGCCGUGGUUUCCGAUGGCUCUUUGUCGGCUACAAGACACGCACCAACGACCCGAGUUACAUGCACCAAGACGACAGCGCAUUCUCUCUCAAGGCUCAAAACGCCGCCAACCCACAGACAAGAAUGCCGGGACAGAACGCGACCGCAUAUGGAGGGGCAGCCGACACCACCUAUCAUCCAGGUAGCCAGUACGAAACUGCGAGUGACGAAGGCCAACAACUCCUUUUCCAUGCACAAGGCAACCCUAACUCUCCCUACCCCCCACAAAAGGGAACAGCAUUAGACACACUUUCAGAUGAUGAAACUGGCUAUGGUCAUAAUCAGAACCGCUAUUACAACCACGUAUACGAUAAUGAUGCCCCCUCGAUGAACGAGCUUGCGGCCGCCGAGCCUCGACUCAUAUCCCCUCAACCAUACAGGCCAUAUCAACCACCACGAAGUCCCUAUGAAGGGGCUUAA